AUGCCGAAAUCAAAGCGAAACAAGCUAAUCAGCUUGACAAAAACACAGAAGAAAGGUCGCGAGAACAAUGUUAGGAUCUUCGACGCUAUAAGAGCGGCUUUAGAUGAGCAUUCGUUCGUCUGGGUCUUCUCUGUCGCAUCUAUGCGAAAUGCACAGCUCAAGGAAGUCAGAGCUGAAUUCCAAGAUAGCAGAAUAUUCUUCGGCAAAACCAAAGUUAUGAUCAAAGCCCUCGGCACCACCCGUGAAGACGAGUACAGAGACAAUCUCUCCAAGCUCUCUAAGCAUAUGAACGGCGAAGUCGGCCUACUGCUCACAAACAGGACCCCGGAGGCCGUCACUGAGUUCUUUGAUAGCUUUUCUGCAAUGGACUUCGCCCGCGCCGGCGCGGUAUCACCACUCACAUUCACUGUCCCGGCGGGAACAGUCUACUCGAGAGGCGGAGAAAUCGCUGAGGAGGAUGACUUACCUCUGGCUCAUUCUUUGGAGACAACUGUUCGAGGAUUGGGUAUGCCGACUAGAUUGGUGAAUGGAAAAGUUACCUUAAACGAGGAAUACACAGUUUGCAAAGAGGGAGAUGUGCUCAACAGCCAACAAACAAGGUUGUUGAAGUUGUUCGGGGUUGUCACAUCGGAAUUUAAAGUCAAAUUAUCUGCGUAUUGGAGUUCUGCCGAUAGCGAGGUCAAGGAGAUAGACGCCAUGGAAGAGGAGGAGGACUAG